AUGGGGUCCACGGGUGAGGGUGACCUUGAGUCACUCAAAAAGUUAUGUGAGGAUGUCACAGGAAAACUUGGUCCCCGGGGAAUGGAAACGUUACGUUCCUUGAUGGAAAAUUUUAAUAACAAGAAAACCGAACAUACCGAGUUCCGUAACUCUAUUGAACUUUUGUUCGAGAAUCAUGCAAAGACACAACACCAGCAUGUUGAAGACGGUGAAAUCCGAGAACACCAUGUUUUUUCUGUUAGCCCUAAAGUAGAUGACAGCUUAAAAGAGUAUCCUAUUCAUCAUGGUAAUCUAAAGACAGGAGCCCAUGUUGGAACUAGGUCUAAAUUAGAUGAGAGCUCUGAAAAUUAUUUUAUUCAUCAUGGUGACCUAAAGAUUAGAGCCGAUGUUGGAGUUAGGGUUAAGGUAGAUGAAAAGCCUAAUAAAGAAGACGUUUCUGAGGACCGAGAGUCUGAGAAAUACGUUACCAAUGUGAUCUUAAAGAUGAACCACGAGGAAAAUAAUGGAAGCAACUUGCACUCUGUUAAACAGAUUAGGAGGAGUCUGAUGAAGAAACGUAGAAGGUAUAUGCGGUUAAACAGAGGGACACCGAACUAUAAGCUUAUCCCCGAGGAAGAACAGUAUCCUGUCAAGAACAAAGUACUGAACAACAAAGUCUCUCUGGUGAAAUUUUAUGCGUUCAAAAAUAAGAAGCUAACAAAGUACGAAAAAGCAAUGGCUAGUUGCGAAGAAGAGAUGAUUGAGGCUGAUAGGUUGAUGGAAUGUAUGAGAAGUGCAGUGGAGAACGCGGAGAAAGUUAUAAAGGGAGAGAUGAGAGUGAAAGACCUUGGAGUAAUGUUCUACAAUUGCAUCAAAGAGCUGUGUCAUGGUGAUGUGUUUGAACGUAUGAGACAAGACUACAGGAAGGCUUUACCUGAGAUCUUACCCCGGUUGAAGCAGGAACUGAAUAAGCUCACAGUUGCUCGAGCAAAAAAAAAGUCUUGCUUGAAGCAAGUCAUGGAAGACAACACUGCAAAGCAAAGAGAUUCCACUGCACAAGGUCAAGGUGAGAAACAACACACAUUUGUAUCAGAUUUCAUAUAUCCACUACACAAGCUAACCGAGAAGAUCCUGAAGGAAGCGUAUGCGCAGCAAAAGGAAGUUGAGGAUGAAGAAAACGCCCCCGACUCAUGGGCCAUGAGCGCCUUCUUCAAGCAACCUUUGUAUGAGUUGGAAGAUGUUAUUGAUGAUGAUGAGAUCCAGAGCCAACUUGAUUACCAUGAGGAUAUGACCUGUAGCCAAAACGAAGAGAAGUUAUUAUUAGAUGCCUUCUUUCACGAGGAUGGGGCUUCAAUAGCAAAACGUCUCUCUGAUGCUAUUACUUGUUCGCUUGAGGAAGAAAACCAUAUUGCUGCUACAGGCUCAGCUUGUGUUUCAGAAACUGACUACUAUAGAAAGCUGGGAGAGUUUAUGAGUCUAUACACACAGGGUAAAAUGCCGAAAGCUCUUUACCAUCUUGCUAGACUUGAAAAUUGGGAAAGUUUAUUAAAGUUGACUCAACCAGAGAGUUGGUCCCCAAAUGCAAUGUACAAGGCUACCAACAUGUUUACCUUCCCCUAUGUAAGGUGUGUGUUUUUUCUUUUUCUUUUCUCCUUCUCCUUUUGUGACUUUUCUGUAAAUCAACUUGCAUAUUUUUGUUAGUCUGGAACAUGCACUAUCUCCGAAGCUGUAAUUAUAGGGAGUAUAAUACACAAGUUUUCUAUUCCUGAAAGUUUUUCAAGUGCCGCCUUGGUAUGUUUGGCGGAGAUGGAGUUUCUUGGCACAAGAAGUUACUUCAUGAAAACUAUCCUAGAGAAGAAAUAUGCGCUGGCUCAUCUGGCCAUUGAUGCGGUCGCUGCUCACUUCUUGAGGUUUCGUAAGGAGACAAAAGUUAUGCCGGUCAUUUGGCACCAAACUCUUCUCGCCUUUGUGCAACGGUACAAGAACGAACUAAGAAAGGAAGAUAAAAAGAGUCUCACAAGUCUACUCGAGAAGCAAAAUCACGAGCUAAUUACUCCUGAAAUUGUGAGAGAGCUUGUUAGUAGCAGAAACCGUGGAGAGAUGGAGGAUAAUUCACAUUCAGCUUCAACGAUCAACAACAAGCCGAUCAAAGAAGACUGGUUUGACAUGCCACAAGUUCCAAUGGAAGAAGACUAGUGAUUAUCCGGUCUUCUUUUUUUUUAUGUCAACGAUUAUCCGGUCUUCCAAUUGUCAGUAGUUGUGUAUUAAUCUUCAGUGAACCUCUUUUGUUUUAUGUUUAGUUUAAAUUCCUAUUUAUGCUAAGAUAUUGUUGUUUGAAGACUUGUAUCUUUUUUUAAAGAGAUU